AAACGAACUUGCUACGUCUGCCGCAUGGCUCUCGACAACCCCCAUCCGCAGCUGGGAUCGAUGUGCAUACCUUGUGGAGAGUUCAACGUCGCGGAAAGGUCUUUGUCGCUACCGGAGAAUAUUUCACUCAAGGGCAAGACUGCUGUUGUUACUGGUGGGCGCGUGAAUCUCGGCUUUCACACGGCUCUGCGGCUGCUGCGUUGCGGCGCGGCAGUAAUCGUAUCAUCGCGUUACCCCGAAGAUGCGCUCUCGCGGUACCGCCAGGAGGCUGAUCUCGAUGACUGGUCACCGAGAUUGAGAAUCAUUGGUGCGGACUUCCGAGCAGCAGCUGAUGCUUUCUCCCUGGUCCAGAGUAUUAAGAUAGUUCUCCAGGAAGAAGGCUGGACUCUGAAUUAUCUGAUCAACAAUGCCGCCCAAACCCUUACAGAUCCAAUGGAGAAAGAGGAACGCGCCAUUGAACACGAGCGUUUCCUGCUUGACAAUCCGUCUGACGAUGGUAAAGGCGUGGUUGUACGCCAUGACUAUUCAGCUCGCGUACGGGGUGGCGAUGGUAGCCUUCCUCAUGGUGUGGCAGGGAAGAUUCCUGGUCGCAUUGCUGGGCCAUCUGCCCCUGAGAGCACAUCUCUUUCUGGAUCAAUGUCUGAGCUGCAAAUUUCUGGCACGGAGAAACCAGCCCCAUCAUCUUGGGUGCAGUCGCUCUCAGACAUUCCUUACGAAGAUGUCAUCACCGCACACAGCGUCAACACCUUUGUGCCCCUCAUAUUGAUCCGGGAGCUGUUGCCUUCGAUGCGAAAAGGAGGCCACAUCAUCAACGUCUCAUCUAGAGAAGGUAUCUUCGAGUCAACUCAGCGCAGCUCCGCCAAGAAUAGCAAGCAUGUCCAUACCAAUAUGUCAAAGGCUGGGCUGAAUAUGAUUACCGAGACGGAGGCGCCCACGGCUUGGAAGCUAGGCGUGGCCAUGAACACUGUUGAUCCAGGCUAUAUGAGUGCCGCUCCAGAAUAUGAGCAGGCCUACGGCGGCGAGCGGCCCAUUGGUUGGGAGGAUGGUGUUAGCCGUGUCCUGUGGCCCAUAGCCAGGGCUGGCAGACAAUGGUACUCUCCUCCUAUUUGGGGACGAUUCUUGAAGCACUAUGGU